AUGGUGGAUCAAGAGACGAAGCAGCUACAGGCGAAGACUUUUGAAGGUCUUCCUUUAAAAAAUAAAAAGAGAGAUCCAAAAACUGUAUUGAGGAGAAAUAUAGGAGAUGACCUAAAUUUAGAAGCCUCAUCUUUCGUAAUCGAGCUUACACAUAAAGGCCACCAAAGCCAGCUGUUGUCACCUUCAUCAGUUUUUGCAUUCAACAUCAGACCUGAAUCACGCGCGCACCAGUCAUCCCUUCUACUAAACCCUUUUGCCGAAGAAGGUGGCCUAAGUGCACACACGCAGCCGCCAUCUCCACCGCCGGGCCCUACAGCCGAAGUAAGCAACCCGACACCACACGAGCAGUCACCAUCUCCACCGCCGAACCCUGCAGCCGAAGAAGGCAACCCGAGACCACGUGAGCAGUUACCAUCUCCACCGCCGGACCCUACAGCCGAAGAAGGCAACCCGAGACCACGCGAGCAUUCACCAUCUCCACCGCCGGACCCUGCAGCUGAAGAAGGCAACCCGGAACCACGCGAGCAGUCACCUUCUCCACCGCCGGACCUUGCAGCCGAAGAAAAUAACCCGGGACCACGCGAACAGUCACCAUCUCCACCGCCGGACCCUGCAGCCGAAGAAGGUAACCCGGGACAACGCGAGCAGUCACCAUCUCCACCGCCGAACCCUGCAGCCGAAGAAGGCAACCCGGGAUCACGCGAGCAGUCACCAUCUCCACCGCCAGUCCCUGCAGCCGAAGAAGGCAACCCGGGAUCACGUGAGCAAUCACCAUCUCCACCGCCGGACCCUUCAGCUGCAGAAGCCAGCCCGGGAUCACGUGAGCAAUCACCAUCUCCACCGCCGGACUCUGCAGCCGAAGAAAGCAACCCGGGACCACGCGAGCAGUCACCAUCUCCACCGCCGGACCCUUCAGCUGCAGAAGCCAGCCCGGGAUCACGUGAGCAAUCACCAUCUCCACCGCCGGACUUUGCAGCCGAAGAAGGCAACCCGAGACCACGCGAGCAGUCACCAUCUCCACCGCCGGACUCUGCAGCAGAAGAAGGCAAUCCGGGACCAUGCGAGCCGUUACCAUCUCCACCGUCGGACCUUGCAGCCGAAUCACAGAACGUCUAUCACCGUGGAAGUGCUUUAAUGUUAUUCCCUGGUUUGUAA